AGUCUACCAGCUUAUCCAACGAACUCAAUCAGAACUUUGUACCCGACCAGAAUGGCUGCUGUUGUGAGGAGAAAGUUGUUUCAAUGCAGUGCUGUUUCUAAGUUAUGUCUGUCCAGGCAGCUUUCAGUUACAUCAACAUUAUUAUCGAAGGAAAAUGCAAGAAAAGAAAUCGGUGAAUCAUCUAAUUUGAUGGAUAUUGGUAAUAGAGGAAUAUUUUCAGAAGAACAUGACAUGUUUAGAACAAGUGUUAGAAGAUUCAUGCAAGAUGAAGUAGCUCCAAACCAUGAUCAAUGGGAAAAAGAUGGAAAUGUUAGUCGUGAGGUGUGGUUAAAAGCUGGAGAAAAUGGUUUAUUGGGAGUUAAUACAGCAGCUGAACUAGGUGGAAUAGGUGGGGAUUUCCUGUCAACAGAUAUUACUUGGGAAGAACAAAUGUAUGUAAACUGUACAGGUCCAGGGUUUACCCUACAUUCUGAUAUUGUCAUGCCAUAUAUCACACACUAUGGAACCAAGGAGCAGAUAGAGAAAUUCAUUCCUAAAAUGGUAUCGGGGGAAUGGAUUGGGGCUAUAGCCAUGACAGAGCCUGGGGCUGGAAGUGAUCUACAGGGAAUAAGAACCAAUGCAAAAAAAGAUGGUGAUGAUUAUAUAUUAAAUGGUAGUAAAGUCUUUAUUACCAAUGGUUAUAUGUCAGAUGUGUGUAUUGUUGUAGCCAUUACUAACACAUCAGCCAAAUCUGUAGCACAUGGUAUUAGUUUAUUUCUGGUAGAAGCUACAAUGCCAGGAUUUAUCAAAGGCAAAAAAUUAAAAAAGAUUGGAUUAAAAGCUCAGGAUACUGCAGAACUUUUUUUCGAAGAUGUUCGUCUUCCAAAAAGUGCUCUAUUAGGUGAAGAAAAUAAAGGUUUCUAUUACUUAAUGAAUGAACUUCCCCAAGAAAGAUUGCUGAUAGCAGCCAUGGGACAAGCUAACUGUGAAUGGAUGUUUGAAGAAACUAGAAACUAUGUGAAGAAUAGAAAAGCAUUUGGCAAAACGUUGUCCAAUUUACAGACUAUACAGCAUAAAUUAGCUGAACUUAAAACACAGGUGUGUGUUGGAAGAGCUUUUGUGGACCAGUGUUUAAAAACUCAUAAUGAAAGAGGUCUUGAUUCAUCUACAGCCAGUAUGGCUAAAUAUUGGAUAACUGACUUGCAGAACAAAGUAGCUACUGAAUGUUUACAGUUACAUGGUGGUUGGGGUUAUAUGUUAGAAUAUCCAAUUGCUAGAGCUUUCCUAGAUGCUCGGGUUCAACCUAUAUAUGGUGGAAGUAAUGAAAUCAUGAAAGAAUUGAUAGCUAGACAGAUUAUUUCUGAUAAAUAAAUUGAUCUUAAAGAUAUAAUAUGAUUGAUAAAUAAUUGUAACAGUUUACACCAUUAACACAAUGACAAUGCAAAUUUGCAAAAUGACAAAAUCUUGAAAAUAAAUAGUUUUAAACAACAAUCCUGUUAAACAUGCAUUAUGCAAGAGCUAAAUCUGCCUAUUGCAGGUCUUUCUUUAGGCCUUAAAUAUUAUCUAAAUUAUAAAUUAGACAUUAUUUAACUUAUCAAGACCAUAAUCAACUCUCAAUGCCAUCGUUAGCCUGCUAUAUUUAGUGGAUUUGAAUACAUUUUGUGAUGGAUGAAAAAAACGUAAAAAUGGAUAAUCGAAACUUUGUUUAUUAUCGUACCAAUGUCCAACGGUAGUAAUGACGAUUGAGGCUAGCCAUAUAUUGAAUCGCUAAUAUCUCGGUUCAGAGUGAAGCAAUUUGAAAUUUUCAGCAUAUUCUGUUUUCAUUAUCUAUUUUUUAACUAUCAUAGUGAGAACUGUCAGCUCUUUAUCUAAUCUUACAUAAUGCCCCUUUAAUAAUUUUCAAAGCAGAUCUCUGCCCAUUUUUUUCAUUCUGUUAUCUUUUUAAAUUGAUCCACAUGUCAGUAAAUUCUAAACAUGACCAUCAUAGUGAGGCAUCUACAUUAAAAUAGAAACCCUUUUUGUUAUUACAAAAACCUGUUUUGGGAAUGAUCUUGUACAAGAUAGCAAAUUAUAUUGUAUAAGGCAUGAUUCUGUGAUAGUAUUAGAUCAAAAAGUUUCUGGAGUUGUAAUAGUUUGUUACAUGCAAUUUGUUGUAAUUGUAGGGCUGAACCUCUAUUGAAUUUUAAAUAUCUGUAUUCAUAUUCUCUGAUUUAUAGUAAUAAGUGAUUAAUGUACUGCCGGUACCAUAAAUGAAAAUCCUAUUGUAUACGGGUACAUUUGUGUCUGGCAACAGUGAUACAUCCUCAUGAAAUUUGAAAUCUUCAUAUUGUUGUAUACUUAUUAUGACAGUUUCUUAUUUUUGAUUGAAUUUGAAAUUUUUGAAGAUGUAAAUUUGUAUAAAUCUAAUUCUGUUAUUUAUAUAUUUGUUGAAUAAAUAAUAUGAAUCCAA